AUGGCAAGGGGGCAAUUACAAUCUGUGAAGACUUGUGGUAUCUGUGCUGCUCCCGGACACAUGACUGACAUGUGCCCAACUCUCCAGGAGGAUUCACCUGAACAAGCCAACAUAGUGGAAGAUUUUUCUGGACCACCUCCACGAAGGAAUGAUCCUUUUGCACCCACUUACAAUCCAGGGUGGCGAAAUCAUCCUAACUUUAGCUAUGCUUCAAAACCCCUUGGCUUUCAACAACAUUUCCAACCACGGCCACCAGUGCAACAACCAUCCACUUCCAAUUCAAACAUGUCUCUUGAAGAUAUGGUGAAGUCACUGGCCCAAAGCACGAGUCAAUUACAGCAAGAGGCUCAAAGAUCUCAACAGGAGUCUCACAGAUUUCAACAAGAGACUCGUGCUAGCAUUAGGAAUUUGGAAGUACAGAUGUCUCAAUUGGCAACUUCCAUGAGCAACCUGGAAAAUAGCAAUAGAGGAAAGUUACCAUCUCAAGUAAUUCCUAAUCCCAAGGAGAAUGCCAGUGCAAUGCAAUUACGGAGUGGCAAGGAGGUACAGUCUCCUAGGCGUGCCCACGCCAAAGAAGAAGAAGUGCCCAGGAAGGGGGAAGAGGAAGAUGAGAAACAAUCCUCUGAAGUCUCAAAGAAAGUUGACAUUCCUCCUUUUCCUGGCAGGUUUACAAGAGCCAAAAAGAAAGAAUCUGAGCAAGAGAUUUUGGACACCUUCAGGAAAGUGGAGAUCAAUAUUCCUUUAUUGGAUGCUAUUAGGCAAUUGCCCAAAUAUGCUAAAUUUUUGAAGGGCUUAUGCACUAACCGCAAUAAGUGGAGUCUGGAUGACAAGGUGAAGGUGGGGGAGAAUGUCUCAGCGAUGUUUCAAAGGAAGUUGCCCCAGAAAUGCAAGGAUCCAGGUAUGUUUACUAUACCAUGCAUAAUUGGCAAUCAAAGAAUUGAAAAAAGCAUGCUUGACUUAGGUGCUUCAAUAAAUGUCAUGCCUCUCUCAAUUUUUAAAGUUUUGAAUUUAGGACCCCUCAAAGAAACUAGGGUAAUCAUUCAACUAGCUGACAGGUCGAAUGUCUACCCUGAGGGCCUAGUUGAAGAUGUUCUAGUAAAGGUCAAUGAAUUCAUUUUUCCUGUGGAUUUUUACAUUGUUGAUAUGAAUGAUGCAUACUCUACUGAUUCAGCAGUGAUUCUUUUGGGUAGACCCUUCAUGAGUACAGCAAGGACUAAAAUAGAUGUACAUGAAGGGACUUUAUCUGUGGAAUUUGAUGGAGAGAAGGUCACUUUUAAUAUUUUUGAUGCAAUGAAGCAUCCUGAGGAUACUGAGUCUGUAAAUUUUGUUGGCAUGACUAACACUAUUGUGCAAGAGAAUUUUGAACAGAAUUUCAUGGGGGACAAGUUGGACUUUGUCUUGCAACAAGGCAAGACCAAUUUGGAAGUGGACGACAUGGAGGAGGAGGAAGUCAAAGAAGCUAUCAUGUCCUUACAUUCACUACAUCCGCUUCCAGGCAGGUUUGAAAAUUCUUUUCUACCAUUACCCACUUCUAAUGAAAGGAUUCUACCUUCUGUUCAACAGGCACCUAAUGUGGAAUUGAAGGAACUGCCCCAGCAUUUGAAAUAUGCUUACUUGGGAGAUAACAAGACUUUGCCUGUAAUCAUUGCCAAUGAUUUAACUGCGUUGCAAGAAGAGAGGCUCUUACGGGUCUUACGAGAAUUUAAACCAGCAAUUGGAUGGACGUUAGCAGACAUCAAAGGCAUCAAUCCAUCCAUUUGCAUGCAUCACAUCCUUUUGGAGUCGGACGUAAAACCCGUGAGAGAGCAUCAACGCAAGCUCAAUCCUGCAAUGAAGGAGGUGGUGAUGAAGGAGAUUCUCAAGCUCUUAGAAUUAGGAAUUAUUUUUCCUAUUUCUGACGGCCAGUGGGUGAGUCCAGUCCAUGUUGUUCCCAAGAAAACUGGAAUCACGUUGGUGAAAAAUGAAAAGAAUGAGUUAGUGCCAAUGAGAUUGCAAAAUGGGUGGAAAAUGUGCAUUGACUUUAGGAAGUUAAAUGCCGCAACUCGGAAAGACCAUUUUCCACUCCCAUUUAUUGAUGAAAUGCUUGAGAGGUUGGCAGUAUACGGUGAUUCUUUUGAUCAGUGCCUAGACCAUUUAACAAAGAUUUUGAAAAGAUGCAUUGAAACAAACUUGGUUCUUAAUUAUGAAAAAUGUCAUUUCAUGGUUAAGGAAGGCAUAGUUUUGGGCCAUGUUGUUUCAUCAAGGGGUAUUGAGGAGGUGCCAUUCAUCUUUGGAGAUGAUUGCAAAUUGUCCUUUGACACACUCAAGGGUAUGUUGACCACGGCACCAAUCAUCCAACCCCCAGAUUGGAAGCUAUCCUUUGAGCUCAUGUGUGACGCCAGUCAGUAUGCCGUAGGAGCUGUGCUUGGACAGCGGAGUGGGAAGUGUAGUCACGUGAUAUACUAUGCGUCAAAAACAUUGACACCAGCUCAAUGCAACUACACCACCACGGAGAAGGAGCUUCUAGCCAUUGUUUUCGCUUUUGAGAAAUUUAGAUCAUAUCUAUUGGGGUCAAAAGUAACGGUUUACUCUGAUCAUGCAGCUUUGAAGUAUCUCUUGUCAAAAAGGGAGUCCAAGCCAAGACUCAUUCGUUGGGUGCUCUUGCUGCAAGAAUUUGACUGGGAGAUCAAGGAUCGGAAAGGGGUGGAUAAUUCAGUAGCUGACCAUUUGAGUAGGUUGAUAAGAGAAGAGGAAGCAGUUCCCAUAUCUGAGGUAUUUCCUGAUGAACAUCUCUUCUAUCUCAAAGGUAAGGAACCUUGGUAUGCAGAUAUUGUGAACUUUUUGGUCAGUCAUAAAUUCCCUAUUGGCAUGAGUAAGAGUAAGAGAGAUAAGAUAGUCCAUGAUUCUCGAUACUAUAUUUGGGACGAGCCAUAUCUGUGGAAAAUAGGCUCUGAUCAAAUUAUUCGUAGAUGUGUACCUGAAAGUGAAACUCCUUCUAUCCUUACUCAUUGUCAUAAUUAUGCAUGUGGUGGCCAUUUUGGACCUAAGAGAACUGCUAGAAAAAUCCUUGAUUGUGGCUUUUAUUGGGAAACAUUAUUUCGUGAUGCUUAUGCAUUUUGUAAAAGCUGUGAAAAAUGUCAAAAAUUUGGAAGUUUGUCUCAUAGGGAUGAAAUGCCUCAAGUGCCUAUGUUAUUUUGUGAAGUGUUUGAUGUUUGGGGUAUGGACUUUAUGGGACCUUUUCCUAGCUCUUUUGGAUUUUUGUAUAUUCUGUUAGCAGUUGACUAUGUAUCGAAAUGGGUAGAAGCAAAGGCUACCCGGACUAAUGAUUCUCAAGUUGUUGUAGGAUUUCUCAAAUCCCACAUUUUUAGUAGGUUCGGGGUGCCGAGAGCCAUCAUCAGUGAUCAAGGUACCCAUUUCUGCAAUCGCACCAUUGCAGCUCUCAUGAGAAAAUAUGGAGUGCACCAUCGUGUGAGUACAACAUAUCAUCCUCAGACCAAUGGGCAAGCUGAAGUCUCUAAUUGA